CAUCAACGAACCACCAACAAAGGGGACUAAUUCCUCCUCGUUUCUUUUCAUCGUCUCAUUCCUCUCGAGAAGAUUCGUUGUUUGACGUCCUUGUUUCUUCCCUCCUCCCCCUCUGUGUCCCUUCGGGUGAAUCUCAUUUGUCUCGACAAGUGGCCAAAGUGUCCUACUCCAUUUCUUCUCGCUCCAUCCCCUUUAAAAUCACCACAAGUCAAUGGCUACUAUGGAAUACGAAACGGAGAAUGGUCGCUUUGACGACGAACCCCGGUUCGAUCGCGAGCGCAGCGCCUCACCGAGAGGCAAUGCGAGAGGCGGAGCUCGAAACCGAAGCAUGUCUCCAAAUGGCCGUGGUGAUCAUCUCCGUGUACCCCAAAAUGAUCGGCUGAUGAAAAUAAGCGACGACGAUGAAGGAAGCGUCAAUACUGGUUCCAAUCUCUUCGUUACCGGUAUCCACCCGCGGCUUACCGAGUCGGAUGUUUCCAGGCUCUUUGAAAAAUAUGGCGAUGUUGAGAGCUGCUCGAUUAUGGUUGACCCCCACACCAAGGAGUCGCGUGGUUUCGGUUUCGUAAAGAUGGUAACUGCAGAGCAAGCGGACGCUGCAAAGGAAGGCCUUCAAGGUGAAGUCAUUGAAGGGAGAACUCUUAGCAUUGAGAAAGCUCGUCGUGGCCGUCCACGAACGCCAACCCCAGGCAAAUACUUUGGUCCUCCUAAACGUGGGACAUCUUACGCUCGUGGCCCGCCCCGUGGCGGCCGUUAUGACCGUUACGAUGACCGUCGGGGAGGAUAUGGUGGCGGAGGAGGGCGUCGAUCCGAUGAUAAUUACCGCUAUGGCCGUUAUGAUUCGUAUAACGAACGUAGUCGAGAUUACGGUCGCCGUGACUUCCGUGACGACCAAUCCUACCGUGGUAUCGAUCGUUAUGCGACAUCAGGAGGUCGCGAAGGAGGUCGCGAAGGAGGUCGUGAAGGAGGUCGUGAAGAGAGGUACGAGCGUCGUGGUGGCGGUGAUGACCGCCGUGGGGAUGAUCGUCGUGGCUAUUACGAUCGCGACGAUGCUCGUUCACACCAUUCUUCCGCUUAUCCUGACGCUCCACCACCUCCCCGCGAGUCCCGCGAUCCAUACGGAGGCCGUGGCUACGAAGGCCGUGGUGGAGAUGAUCGAUACGGCGCGAGAUAGGUAGGUAAAAGGGAUUAAGAAAGCUUCAAAUCGUGGCUUGGCAUCAUGGCCAUUAGCCGCUUUUUAGACUGCUUUCUUUUUUCUCUACAUUCUUUUGUUCUACUUGUGUCUUCUAUUCCAUUUCUCUUUCUGUAUUCCAGGAAUGGUUUAUGUCACUUCUCUCGAUUGAGGGUCAAGAUCGACGGUUACGGCGGCGCUUCUCUAUUUUGUCUCUGAAAAGUCAACUUUUCACACAUUCAUGGUUUGUCGGCGAAUACGGAAAGUUUUCUUCCAACCUCGUACGAUCCGAUCAGCUGCAUGCUAACUUAUUGCUGUGAUCCGUCUAUCUGGUUGUUUUUCCUCUUUCUUCUCGCACCGAAACGCAAAUUAGCGGCGGAUUGAACAAAAAAAACAAAAACAAACACAAAAUGUCUACCUGUAACAGCCUCGGUUUUUCUUAUGGUCAACACUAUACUUCAGUUUCAGCUAUGGUCGUUGUCGCUAGUCAACUUUAUUCGCCGUGUAUCCUCUAUUCAGUUUCAGAUAACGGUUUUCCCAAUGGUUCGCCCAAGACGAGCAAAGAUGUCAGCUC